AAUUUACCUCUUUAUUCGAUACUGUCAUAAUGUCAAGCCGUGUGCCUCUAAACCCGUUAAUACUUUGUGGUCCGUCCGGUAGCGGUAAAUCAACACUUUUGGGAAAGUUAUUCAAGGAAUUUCCUAACGAUUUCGGUUUCUCAAUUAGUCAUACUACACGCCAACCACGGGAGGGUGAAAUAUUAGGAAAGAGCUAUCAUUUCGUUAAUCGUGAUGUAUUUCAAAAGCUCAUACAAGCAGGCUCUUUCAUCGAGUACGCAACUUUCUCAAACAACUACUAUGGUACAUCCGCCAAAGCGGUAGCAGAAGUUGGCUUACAAAAUAGAAGGUGUAUUUUAGAUAUCGAUGCGCAAGGUGUUAAAAUUAUAAAAGAUAAGCAUCAAAAUCUUCAACCAACCUUUGUCUUCCUUUCUCCACCAUCCAUUGACAGUUUAGCACGUCGUUUAGUUAAACGUGGUUCAGAAACAGAAGAAAGCUUGAGAAGUAGAUUAGAUGCAGCUAAAGGUGAGAUGGAGUACGCACAAACAGGUGCAUUUGAUUACGUUAUCGUAAACGACGACAUCGAACAAGCUUACGAAAAGUUAAGAAAAGUAGCCCUCGGUGAAGGCACGGAGAGUGACAUAUUACCUGAUAACAGAAUUGCUUAAAAAGUUCAUAAAAUUUUACAAAUUUACUAUUAAAAUGGUCUAUAUCCAGUCUGUUGUGGCAUUA